CAUGUGGAAGUUAAAGAUAGCAGAAGGAGGAGGGAAUGAGUGGUUGAGCACCACAAACAAUCAUGUGGGAAGACAACACUGGGAGUUCGAUCCAGAAGCUGGUACCUCCGAGGAAAGGGCCAUUAUCGAUAACUAUCGCCGCCACUUCAAAACCAACCGCUUUCGUGUCAAGCAAAGUUCUGAUCUCUUAAUGCGUUUUCAGCUUAGAAAAGAAAAUGAAUGGAAACAAAAUCUGGCGGCAAUCAAAGUGAAUGAAAAAGAAGACAUAACUGAAAAUGGUUUGACAACUACUCUUAAAAGAGCAAUCAGCUUCUACUCUACCAUUCAAGCCCAUGAUGGACAUUGGCCUGCUGAAUCUGCAGGACCUCUCUUCUUCCUUCCUCCAUUGGUCAUAGCUCUCUAUGUUACCGGCGCUUUGAAUGUCGUUCUAUCAUCAGAACAUCAAAAGGAGAUCAUUCGUUAUAUCUACAAUCAUCAGAAUGAAGAUGGGGGUUGGGGAAUACACAUUGAGGGCCACAGCACUGUAUUUGGAUCUUGUCUUAGUUAUAUUGUUCUUAGGAUACUAGGAGAAGAAAUUGAUGGUGGUGAGAAUCAUGAAGUUGCUAAAGGCCGUAAAUGGAUUCUUGAUCAUGGUGGUGCAGUGGGAAUGCCUUCAUGGGGAAAGUUCUGGCUCACGGUACUUGGAGUAUACGAAUGGGAUGGCUGCAAUCCAAUGCCUCCAGAGUUUUGGUUGCUUCCUAAAUUCUUUCCCAUCCAUCCAGGCAAAAUGUUAUGCUAUUGUCGUUUGGUUUACAUGCCUAUGUCAUAUCUUUAUGGGAAAAGAUUCGUUGGGCCUAUAACUGCACUAGUUCAAUCUUUGAGGCGGGAGAUCUACAACGAGGCCUAUCACGAGAUUGACUGGAACAAAGCCCGGAAUACAUGUGCCAAGGAGGAUCUCUACUACCCUCAUCCUUUAGUGCAAGAUAUGUUGUGGGGAUUCCUUCACCAUUUCGCUGAGCCAGUUCUAUCACGUUGGCCCUUCUCUGCACUCCGAGAAAAGGCUCUAAAAGUUGCAAUUGAACAUGUUCACUAUGAGGAUGAGAACAGCAGAUACCUUUGCAUUGGAUCUGUAGAGAAGGUAUUAUGCUUAAUUGCUUGUUGGGUCGAAGAUCCGAAUUCAGAAGCUUAUAAACGACAUUUGGCCAGAAUACCAGAUUACUUUUGGGUGGCAGAAGAUGGCUUGAAAAUGCAGAGCUUUGGAUGCCAAAUGUGGGAUGCUGGUUUUGCAAUUCAGGCAAUUAUUUCGAGUAACCUUGUUGAUGAAUACUGGCCAAUGCUUAAGAAAGCACAUAGUUUCGUUAAAGCAUCACAGGUACGAGAAAACCCAUCAGGAGAUUUCACUAUGAUGUAUAGACACGCAAAUAAAGGUGCAUGGACAUUCUCAAUGCAAGAUCAUGGUUGGCAAGUAUCAGAUUGUACAGCAGAAGGGUUGAAAUGUUGCAUUCUCUUUUCACAAAUGCCAUCAGAAUUUGUGGGGGAAAGGAUUGAAACAGAGAAAUUAUAUGAUGCUGUUAACGUUAUUCUUUCCCUACAAAGCAAAAAUGGCGGUUUUCCUGCUUGGGAGCCUCUGAGAGCAUAUGGUUGGUUGGAGAAGUUCAACCCUACCGAGUUCUUUGAAGAUGUCCUUAUUGAACGAGAGUAUGUGGAAUGCACUUCAUCAGCAAUUCAGGGUUUGGUUCUGUUUGCAAAGUUACAUCCAGACCACCGGACAAAGGAGGUAAACAGUUGCAUUGAUAGAGCAAUCAAAUACAUUGAAGCCACUCAAGAGUCUGAUGGUUCAUGGUACGGUUGUUGGGGAAUUUGUUAUACCUAUGGAACAUGGUUCGCCGUUAAAGGACUAACUGCUUGUGGAAAGAACUACCACAAUAGUGCGAUAUUGCGUAAAGCUUGUAAAUUUUUGCUGUCAAAGCAGCUUUCAGAUGGUGGAUGGGGAGAAAGCUACCUUUCAGCCUCAAAUAAGGUAUAUACAGAUUUAGAAGGAAGCAGAUCCAAUUUGGUACAAACAUCAUGGGCUUUAUUGUCCCUAAUUGAUGCUGGACAGGCUGAAAUUGACCCAACUCCCAUCCAUCAAGGGAUUAAGUUAUUGAUAAAUUGUCAGAUGGAAGAUGGUGAUUUCCCCCAACAGGAAAUUACUGGAGUAUUUAUGAAGAAUUGCACAUUGAACUAUUCUUCGUACCGAAACAUCUUUCCCAUUUGGGCCCUUGGCGAAUACCGCAAACGAAUAUUACAAAAAGUUGAAGUCUAAGUUUGAUGAUCAUCG